CGAGCGAGGACUGGCGACGGCUGCGUCACGCGAGGGGCGGGGCCGCCGCGGGCGGAGGCCGGAGCCGGAAGCGGAAGAGGCGCUCGGAGCGGGGAGUGGGGCCUAGCCGCAGCCGGAUCCUGGGAGACGAUGCAUCACUGUAAGCGAUACCGCUCCCCUGAGCCAGACCCGUACCUGAGCUACCGAUGGAAGAGGAGGAGGUCUUACAGUCGUGAGCACGAAGGGAGGCUGCGGUAUCCGUCUCGAAGGGAGCCUCCGCCCCGGAGAUCUCGGUCCAGAAGCCACGACCGCCUGCCCUACCAGAGGAGAUACCGGGAGCGCCGCGACAGUGACACAUACCGGUGUGAAGAGCGGAGCCCAUCCUUUGGAGAGGACUGCUAUGGAUCUUCCCGUUCCCAUCAUCGUCGGCGGUCGCGGGAGAGGGAGCCGUACCGGACCCGCAAGCACGCCCACCACUGCCACAAACGCCGCACCAGGUCUUGUAGCAGCGCCUCCUCGAGAAGCCAACAGAGCAGUAAGCGCAGCAGCCGGAGUGUGGAAGAUGACAAGGAGGGCCACCUGGUGUGCCGGAUCGGCGAUUGGCUCCAAGAGCGAUAUGAGAUCGUGGGGAACCUGGGUGAAGGCACCUUUGGCAAGGUGGUGGAGUGCUUGGACCACGCCAGAGGGAAGUCUCAGGUUGCCCUGAAGAUCAUCCGAAACGUGGGCAAGUACCGGGAGGCCGCCCGACUAGAAAUCAAUGUUCUCAAAAAAAUCAAGGAGAAGGACAAAGAGAACAAAUUCCUGUGUGUCUUGAUGUCUGACUGGUUCAACUUCCACGGUCACAUGUGCAUCGCCUUUGAGCUCCUGGGCAAGAACACCUUUGAGUUCCUGAAGGAGAAUAACUUCCAGCCUUACCCCCUACCACACGUCCGGCACAUGGCCUACCAGCUCUGCCACGCCCUUAGAUUUCUACAUGAAAACCAACUGACCCACACAGACUUGAAGCCAGAGAACAUCUUGUUUGUGAAUUCUGAGUUUGAAACCCUCUACAAUGAGCACAAGAGCUGUGAGGAGAAGUCAGUGAAGAACACCAGCAUCCGAGUAGCUGACUUCGGCAGUGCCACCUUUGACCAUGAGCAUCACACGACCAUCGUGGCCACCCGUCACUAUCGCCCACCUGAGGUGAUCCUUGAGCUGGGCUGGGCCCAGCCCUGUGACGUCUGGAGCAUUGGCUGCAUCCUCUUUGAGUACUACCGGGGCUUCACCCUCUUCCAGACCCACGAGAACCGAGAACAUUUAGUGAUGAUGGAGAAGAUCCUGGGGCCCAUCCCAUCGCACAUGAUCCACCGUACCAGGAAGCAGAAAUAUUUCUACAAGGGGGGCCUGGUUUGGGAUGAGAACAGCUCUGAUGGCCGGUAUGUGAAGGAGAACUGCAAACCUCUGAAGAGUUACAUGCUCCAGGACUCCUUGGAGCACGUGCAGCUGUUUGACCUGAUGAGGAGGAUGUUAGAAUUCGACCCUGCUCAGCGCAUCACACUGGCGGAGGCCCUGCUGCACCCCUUCUUUGCCGGCCUGACCCCCGAGGAGCGGUCUUUCCACACCAGCCGCAACCCAAGCAGAUGACAGACGCAGGCCACCACGUGCGAUGGAGAGCGGGACUGGGCUGCCCGGCCCCUCUUCUCCAACCUCCACCACCACCAGGCCCCAGGGCCAGAGCCACCAAACGAACAGUGCAAUGUGAAGGAAGGCAGGAGCCCGCAGGGGAGGGGACUUGAUACCCGGCUGCCAGAAAGCACAGAUUUGACCCAAGCUAUUUAUAUGUUGUAAAGUUAUAAUAAAGUGUUUCUUACUGUUUGUAACCCCUGGUACCGGUGUGUCCGUCUCCAGGCUCCUUGCCUUCUCCUCCCCCUACCUGAUUAAUAAAGUCUUUCUUAGCAGUUCA